AUGCACGAAGAAGAAUACUUUGAACCUGAUGCUAAAGUUCUUUCCAUUAAGGUUUUCAAUGGUUUACUCAAAGAGGGUAAACUUGUUGAUACUGUCAUACCGUCAAUCGAUGAGGAAUUUCCAGCUCAUAAGAUAAUACUCUAUAUUCGUUUCAAGACAUUUGAAAAUUGCCAGAUCGAUUGGAAAAGUCUUCCUUCGAAAAUUGUGAAAUCCAUUUUAGAAUACGCUUAUACGGGAACAAUCACACUUGAUACCAGUACUGUUUUACAAAUCUGCAAGUUGAGCAAUGAUUUGGGAUGUUCUCGGAUUCGUAGAUGGUGCACUGAUUUCAUCAAAAAGUGGUUUAAUGAAUUCGACAUUCCUCAGGUUUGGGAAUUAGCCAUAACAAUGGGAAACAGAGCUUUAACAAAGUUGUGUGCCGAGUCAAUGUUGAACAGCUCGAACAUUCAUCAACUGGAAAAUAACUUUUACCAAAACUUACACCAAGAAUCAAUGCGAUGUAUAAUAAAAGAAGUUCCAACUUUAACAAGUCUCGAAAAAUUAAUGAUGCUUAGUAAGUGGCUGGAACCGCUAGACAAUAGCUUAUCCCCUGAAAGCUUCCUUGAAAUUUUAAAUGGUCUCAAUUGGAAGGAAAUCGACGAGAGGGCUAUUAUUGAAAUCGUUGCUGUAACAUCCCAUAUUUCCUUCAAUCUUGCUUAUAUAGGUUUGAGUCUACCCAAGUUUUUGCCCAACACCUUAAUAUUGCGCUUAUCGAGGGUUGCAGUAGAAAGUAGCGACUCUCUUUCAACCCAACAAUAUUACCCCGCUGGUCGACAAACCCUUUUUGAUGCUUAUGAGAAUGCAACAGGAAAAGAAAGCGACAGCUCCAGUGGAUCAUCCCAACAACAAAUCAGUUUUAAACCUAAUAUGACAUCCUUCUUAUAUGGUUACAAUAACGAUACUCAUUGUGGAAAAAUGAUGUCCUUAACUCCUUCAGUAGAUGUGAUUGAUGGCGAAGUUCCUUUUCGGUAUUUUGUUGCAACCGUUGCUUUUAAAGAAAGUUUUUAUGUCAUUGGAGGUAAAGACAGCGAGCAUCACACCACUUCAAUUGUUGAUCGAAUUGACACACAACAGAAUAGAAUAGAGCGUGUUGGUAACUUGAAUGAGAAGAGAUGUGACCAUUGUGCCACUGCAAAUGAAGAAAAUAUCCUUGUUGUUGGAGGCGCUGACAUGGACGAUGAUAAGGUUCUCGAUUCUUGUGAGAUUUAUGAACCAAAGAAAAACAGGUAA